GCCCCGGGAGAGGUUGUCACUCACGCCAGCUGCUGGACCACAUGAUAGCUCUUAUAGUCUUCAUCAACCUUAUCUUUCCUUCAAUAUAAUGAUGACAAACGAUAACAAAGAAAACUCAGAAGAUGCACCAAGCAAGAAAGCCUUGAAGAAAGCACAGAAGGCAGCAGAGAAAAAUGCUAAGAAAGCUGAAUAUAAAGCACAAAAUGCAGCACAAGCUGAUGUCGCUCAAGAAGAAACAGGGGACUGUUCAGUGGGACUGUAUGGGAACCUGCCUAUGAACAGGAGUCAGGAGAAACUACCAGUCAUACAUAAAGAAAUAAAAGAUCUUAACAAGAAUUUAACCAAUGAGACUGUUACACUUCGUGCUCGUCUUCACACAAGUCGUGGGAAAGGGAAGCAGGCAUUCUUUGUGCUACGAAGCAGAGAACAUACCGUUCAGUGUGUGAUAGCAGUUGGUGAAAAGGUUUCCAAGCAGAUGAUCAAGUUUGUCUGCAAUAUCACCAAAGAAAGCAUUAUUGAUGUUGAAGGAAAGGUUGCAGCAGCAGGCCAAAAGAUUGAGUCAUGCAGUAUACAGGAUGUUGAAAUUUAUGCUACCAAGGUGUUUGUUGUCUCGGCUUCAGCACAGCGUCUGCCAUUACAGAUAGAAGAUGCUAUGCGACCAGAAACAGAUGAUCCAGAAGGUCUGCAGAUCAAGGUUAAUCAGGACACUCGACUGGACAACCGUAUUUUGGAUCUGCGCACACCUACUAAUCAAGCAAUCUUUAGGCUAGAAGGUGGUGUUUGUCACCUUUUCAGGGAAGCCCUUAGGUCUCGGGGUUUUACUGAAAUUAUGAGUCCCAAGCUCAUCUCUGCUGCUUCAGAAGGUGGAGCAAAUGUAUUUGGCAUGAAGUACUUUGAAAAAGAGGCCUUUCUUGCUCAGAGUCCACAGUUGUAUAAACAAAUGGCUAUUGCAGCUGACUUUGGUAAAGUUUUCACAAUUGGUGCAAUUUUCCGAGCUGAGAACUCAAAUACACAUAGGCACCUGACAGAAUUUGUUGGGCUUGAUUUAGAGAUGGCUUUCACCCACCAUUACCAUGAGGCUAUGAAUGUUAUAGGAAAUAUGUUCACCGAGAUAUUUAGAGGGCUUCGUGACAAUUAUGCAGAUGAGAUUGCCACAGUAAACAACCAGUUUCCAGCUAAACCUUUUAAGUUCUUAGACCCACCUUUAUGUCUUGAGUACAAAGAAGGAGUUGCUAUGUUGCGGGAAGCAGGAAUAGAGAUGGAAGAUACUGAAGACCUAAGUACACCUAAUGAGAAGCUAUUAGGGCGAUUGGUUAAGGCUAAGUAUGACACUGAUUUCUAUAUAUUGGAUAAGUUCCCAUUGGCUGUAAGACCAUUUUAUACCAUGCCUGAUCCUACUGACCCAAAAUGGAGCAACUCGUAUGACAUGUUCAUGCGUGGGGAGGAGAUAUUGUCAGGUGCUCAGCGAAUACAUGAUGCUACUUUCUUGGUGGAGAGAGCCAAGGCCCAUGGAAUUCCUCUCGACACCAUUCAGUCGUACAUAGAUUCCUUCAAAUAUGGUUGUCCCCCACAUGCUGGUGGAGGUAUUGGAUUGGAGCGGGUGACUAUGCUUUAUCUUGGCCUGGAUAAUAUCCGCAAGGCCUCAAUGUUCCCAAGAGACCCUAAAAGAAUUACACCCUAAAUUGGAUUUACUUUCCAGAGUAAUUUGAAUGGUUAUCAAAUAUGCAUCUUUUUUAAUGGGAAAGAAUGUUUAUUUUUUGUGUUUUUUGGGGAUACUGUAGAAUUUCAAUAUUGUCAGUUCUUGUAGCCCUUACAAUAAUAUAUUUUCCUGCUGAGGUGCAUGAGAUUUUACUGUAUUUCUUUAAUACAUGUGUGUGGCUGAAAGGAGUACUAUGUAUUGCUCUUAAGGUGAAUAGCUUUACCAUGUACAGUACAAUACUAUAAAAUACAUUGUUUUACCUCUGCAGUAAAUAAGAUACUGAGUGGACUCAUAGGUGUGAGGUUGUAUUUUAAAGUGGGGAAAGUAUUCUAUUGGUGUCAUUUAUGGCUUAAGCUAAGGUUAAAUCUGCCAAAAAUCCAGAUGAUUCUCUGCCAUAAUUGGAACUUCAUUUGUCACAAAUUUCCUAAAUAUUUUAUGGAAAAUUUAUUUAUUUUAAAGUAUAAUUCAAACAGCCUCAGUUGUCCUUUGACUGGAAAGUGUGUGGUUAUAUAUAUUGUUCUGUAACCAGUGAGUUAUUUGGUGUGAUAGGAUGUUCAAAGAUAUAGAGUAUUUGUAUAGCCGUUACAAAUGAUGCCUUCAGUAGAGGAGAUAACCAUAAAGAUGAAAAAAAGUAAGGUCAUGGCAUUAAGUGAUUUUUGGUGAUGGCUUUCAGCUGUUGGACACUAUUGGCCUAUGUGAAGAAAGAGUGGUAAACCAGACUUAGGGCUUGUUUUGGAAGGAUAUUACUAUAACAGAACACUUAUUUUACAUAUCUAAGAAUGAAAGAGUGAUGACAAAUGAAGGUUUAUUUGUGUGUGUGUUGGUUUGCUCAUAUAUGGUGAUUGCAUUAAAGAGGAAAGACAUUAAAAUGUGCUUAUUGAGUUCUUUCAUACCUAAGGCUUUGGAGGUACCUUUUGGAUAUUGCAGGAAUUGUCAAAUAAAAAAAUUAAUAUUCUCAAUAUUUUCCUUAAUGCUAAAAAUUUGUAUGAAAUGUAGAACAAUCACAAUAAUUUUUAGGUAGGUAAUUGUUAUGGAGAUUGGUAAAAAGAAGGCUGCCCUGGGAAUCUUAGUUAUAGGUAUUUAAUUUGGAAAUAUUUUAGCUUCUUGGUAGGUUGAAGUGGGUGUUUUAUAUUUUGUCUUUAUUAGUGAACCCCUUGGAUAUGAGGGGUUUUUCUGCUGAAUAAAAUUGUCUGGUGUCAGCUAAAUAAAUUAAAAGUGGCAUCCAGCAGUGAAGGGGUUAAUCACUCGGAACAUUUAUAAGGCAACCCAAAGGAUCAACGUUGUGGUCUAAGAAUUACCAUCACACACAGGAUGAGGCAAGAAAGGCAUAUCCCCCCUUUUCCAGUAUCACUUUGGAAUACUGUAUUUAUGAACCAAUUGGAUUUUAUAUAAUGUACCAGAAGGUUUAUGGUUACUUCCUCAAAUUGAAUAUCUCUAUCCAAUACUAUUUACCUGUACUUUGGUUUGGAUACAGAAAUCCAGAACAGUGAUAUAACCACUACACCAUUAGUGAUUGUUAUUUAUAUAUACUGUACAUUAAAAAUUUGUAAUUUUCAUUGUGGAAGUUUUUAAUAUUUAAAAUUUUUGUACUGCAUAGUAAUUGCAAAAUCUCUCUUCAGUGUUUUGGGGAUUGGAAAAUAUAAGCAAUAAUUUUAAUAUAGUGGUUAUUUACCCAUUUACGAUAUUAGUUUUGCUAAUGAAAGUACCAGACUGUUAGUAUACAGCUAUUCGUGAAUAAAAGUAGGGUACCUUACUUCUCUGUUCUCAGGGAUCCCACUGCUAUCAUGAUUAAGAUUGUUUGCUUGAAUGUUGUCAACUUAAGUUAUCUUUGCAUCAAACUUAUCUUUAUAAAAUUUAUUAUUUAUUUUUAGUUUUUAAAAAUCUCUGAUGAUUGAUUAUAUCUUUAACAGGUUCUCCCAAGUAUCUGUAGACUGCAGUAAAAAAAUUAAGGCAUUAAUGUUAAUUUUUAGACAAAUUUCUACUUUUCCACAAGAAAAAGCAAACAUUAAAAGAUCGGCAUGUAAAAUGGUGAAUACAGGUAUGUUAUGGAUGGGGUAGUCAGAAUAUUGGUAAACACACUAUAGAUAUUAUGAGGUGUCCACUUUCAGUACACAAAUACAGGCCCAUUUUCUUACCCAACAGCUGUUGGCUCUGAUUUUUAUUUAUUUUAUUUUUUGUGCAAGUGUCAUUGUUAGGGAUUUCCAUUUAAAAUGUUUCUGUCUGCAAAAUUUCAUCUAAUAAAAUUUUGAGUGGUUAUUCAGUUUUAACUGAUAAUUGAACCUUUUGUUAUUUAACUACUAUUCUGUGGUGUCAGGAAAAUAAAAUUUUAAUGCUU